AUGCUUUGGAAAUCACUACUUGCUUGUUCACUCAUCGUUCUAUUAUCAAUUAAGAGCGCAUAUAGUUAUUACAUCUUAGUUGAUGCACAUUCCGAAGAAUGUUUCUUUGAAAAAUUAACAUCCGGUACAAAAUUAUUAUUGACUUUUGAAGUUAUUGAAGGUGGUUUCCUUGAUAUUGAUGUUAAAAUAACUGGACCUGAUCAGAAAGAAAUUUAUCGUGGAGAUCGAGAAUCAAGUGGAAAAACAACAUUUUCUGCUCAUAUGGAUGGUACAUAUACAUUAUGUUUCAGUAAUCGAAUGUCAACAAUGACACCAAAAAUGGUUAUGUUUGAAAUUGAUACUGGAGAUUCACCUAAACUCGAUAUGGCUGUUACUGGCACAGGAGAAAAUGUUACACUUCAUCAUAAUAAACUUGAAGAACUUGUUGCUGAAUUAUCUGCUUCAUUGAAUAAUAUUAAACAUGAACAAGAAUUUAUGGAAGUACGAGAACGUAUACAUCGUGCUAUUAAUGAAAAUACCAAUUCACGUGUUGUAAUGUGGUCAUGUUUUGAAGCUUUUAUUUUAUUAGCUAUGGCAUUUGGUCAAGUUUAUUAUCUCAAAAGAUUUUUUGAAGUUCGACGAGUUGUAUAA